AUGACCGCUAUGCUCAUGUUUGGAUUAAUUGUUUUCCUCAUAGCCGUUCAAAUGGUAUCGGCAAGGGGAAAACCUAUCAACAUUUUCGAGCAGACAGCGGGUGGAGAUAUUCUUCAGCUGCGAGAAAAAGAAAGCAAAAUGUUCAACGCCCUCCAUAGGACCUCCUACUUAAAAUGGGAUAAAAAAGAUUCGGAUGGAAAUUUUGUCAUACCGUACAGAAUUACUGGACAAUACGAUCAAUCGGAAAGGAGAACAAUAGCCAGAGCAAUGAAACGCAUAGAGGACAAUACAUGCAUUCGUUUCAAGCCAAGAGCGAAUGAAUGGGAUUACGUCGAUAUUCGAAAUCAGGCUGGACAAGGGUGCUAUACUAAUGUUGGUCGUCCCGGAGGUAGAAGCGUAUUAAUGCUGGAAGCUAACUAUGCAGAAACAUGCAUGGAAACCGAAAUUGUUCUACACGAAUUGAUGCACGUAAUAGGACUAUGGCAUGAGCACAUGCGUUACGAUCGUGACAAAUAUAUCAAAGUACACUACGAGAAUAUCGAAAGGGGUUAUUGGAGUCAAUUCGAGAAAGUGACACCAGACAAGGCAACAACUUACAAUGUACCAUACGACUAUAAAUCGGUUAUGCACUAUGGUAAGAGAUCGUUUGCGAAGCCAGGAAGAAUAAGCAUGGAGACGCUCGAUUCCCGUUAUCAGAACGUGAUCGGGAACCAAAAGGAUGCUUCUCCUAGCGAUUAUCGUAAGAUCUGCGAGAUAUAUCAGUGUAAGAAGUGUAUGGGGCGGAGCACCGGCGGUAGUGGAAGCAGCGAGGUUGAACAACCAGAGCCAACUGAAGCUCCAAUUAUUGUUAAACCAUCGCCGGAAGUGAACGGCUGCCAUGAUUUAAUUCCCUCGUUCUGCAUCAGCUUGAUCAGAGCACGAAUGAUCGACUGCACAUUUAUUGGUCGAAUACAGUGUUGCGCGACAUGUGCAAAGGUUGCAAAAGGGAGGGACAAAUCACCGUUCGAUUCAAUUUUCGGAUUCUUCGACUUCUUCAAUCGUUUCUAG